AGUUGGUGGCGGUAAUGCUCACCUAAUGUACCUGCCAACCGCCAUAAAAAAAAAUUCAACAACAACACCAAGAAGAAGAGGGAUCAAUCAUGUCCAAGUUCAGCUCAGUAAUUUGGCCUAAAGUUGUUUUAUUCGGUGACUCAAUCACACAGUUUUCCUUUCAGACUAAUGGAUGGGGAGCAGAAACUGCAAAUAAGCUCGCAAGAAAAGGUGAUGUUGUGAACAGAGGGCUGUCUGGCUACAACUCCAGAUGGGCCAAGAUUAUCCUUCCUCGCCUGAUCAGCAGCCAGAAUCCAGCAGAAAACCACAUUGCAGCCGUAACCGUCUUCUUUGGAGCCAACGAUGCUUCACUGGAAGAUAAGAACCCACAGCAGCACGUCCCUCUAAAUGAGUAUUCAGAGAACCUGAAGGAGAUCAGCAAGUUUCUGUCUUCAGCUGGUGUUUCAGCAGACAAGGUCAUCUUCAUGACUCCUCCUCCUAUUCAUGAGCCGGCCUGGGAGAAGGAGUGCAUCCUCAAAGGAUGUCCCCUCAAUCGGCACAACUCUGUGACGGGACAGUACGCUCAGGCCUGUGUUCAGGCAGCCGGUCAGUGCGGAUCAGAAGUUCUGGACCUCUGGACACUCAUGCAGAAAGACGGACAAGACUACACAGUCUACCUCUCAGAUGGGCUGCAUCUCUCAGAGAAGGGGAACCAGUUUGUGGCCCAGCACCUUUGGAGCAUAUUGGAGAGUCGCGUGGCUCACCUGCCCUUCAUCCUGCCUUACUGGGGAGACGUGGACGCCAAGAGCCCAGAGAGCAGCCUCCUCUGUGAUACAUAAGAGAAUGUUCCAGCAGCUAAAACCAAACUGGGUGGAACAUUUUGCAAAGGAAUCCUUUUUUUUUUUUUUCAAAAAAAUGAUCAUGAAAUCAAAUCAAAUACUGAUGCUUAAAAUGUGCAAUAAAGAUGAUUUGUUUUUUUUUACAAAGAUGUUACUGCUGCUGGAAGAAAACAUUCAUACAUGUAGAAAGAAAGGACUACACACAGUAUGUAAUGCAAAAGAUGUAUUUUCAUACAAUAAAAUGUUUUACAGCAUUAAGAUAUGACACAGCAGGUAACAGGUGAGACUGCAUCAAACUGCAACAUGUGCACAGCUCACAUUGGCACGACUUUUAUCAAAGCAACAAACGAUCUGAGCACAAGCAGUGCUGCAGAACGGACAAUUUGAUCCGAUAAACAGGAGGUCUAUAAGCACAUAAAUCUAAACAUACUGGUAGUGCAGGAAUCAGCGGAAAAUUCUUUUUUUUUUAUUUACCAACAUUGAACAAACUCGGUGAUAUACUAAAACUGUUGCUUCUUGUACAUAGGAGCUACGAUACAAACACAAGGGUCCAAUAUGCAACCUCUGAAAAAUGUGUGCAAAACAGAGAUUCUCCAGUGUUGAAAAGUGCUUUUGUUAAAAACAAACCUAAACUUAAGUGUCCUACAAGUCAUAACCCACUAUUGAUUUCCUCAAUAGUUGUGAUGAUUAUGUAACAUAAUAAACUGAAUAUACUGGGAGUGGAUUUGGUUUAAUAAACGGAUAUUUAUAGAUGCA